AUGCCGUGCAUGCGGCAACAAGAAAGGGGAGGAAAGCGAGGGGAUAGGACGGCGGACGUGGGUUUCUACCGGCACAUUUCCUUUUCUUUGGAAAGAAGAACGAAAUGGAAGGGAGAUCUUUGUUUUUAGCACUAUGCUGAGAUCCCGGGCAGCCUUACCACCAUGCUGGAACUGGGCUCAUGUUCGGUCAGCUCUCAGUCCCUGACAGAUGACCACAAUGCUUUGGGGCUACCUGGAACUCAAGGAGGGCUUCGGUGUCAAGGAACCGGUUUGGGUUCGAGCACAGGCACGAUGUGUGGCAGCAGCACCCCCAGGCAUCACAUUGUGCACCCGUCUCCUACAGACUGUGAGAGCUGGCAGAAGCACCAGACAGGUCUGGCUGGGGGAUCCAAGCUAUACUCUGAGGCUCACUCCCUACUGGAUCCUCAGAGUUUGUCCACCAGCUUUGACAUUUUCUACCCCUCCCAAAUGACACCUGGGCAGGUUCCGCCCCUGCACCCUAAUCGUCUCGGCCUCUCUCUCGACGUGGCUUCGACUUUUGAUGCUGGGAUGCUGGGGGUGGAUGGAGAUUUGGCAGUCAGCCCUAAUGUAAUCAAGAGACGACGAGGUGGCUUGAUUGAGCAGAGAGACAUUAUCAAAGCACACCAGGCUCAUAAGAUACACAGCACACCGCAGGCGCGACGCAAAGAGUGGGAAAUGGCCCGGUUCGGAGACGAGGUUCCGGGUUUGUUAAGUUCAGGGGAUGGAGGGUCGGAGCGCAACCGGAACCGCGAUGGGACCGCCGUGUCCACAGGUGGGAUCUCCCCUGCCUUCAAGCAGACCAAAGCGCAGCGCGCGCGCACCAUGGCCCUGUACAACCCGAUUCCAGUCCGGGAGAACUGCUUCACCGUCAACAGGUCACUCUUCAUCUUCGGAGAGGACAACGUGGUCAGAAAGUAUGCCAAGAAAAUCACUGAGUGGCCUCCAUUUGAGUACAUGAUCCUUGCAACCAUCAUUGCCAACUGUAUCGUCUUGGCCCUGGAGCAGCACCUUCCCUCUGAGGACAAAACACCCAUGUCCAAGAAGCUGGAGAAGACAGAGCCCUACUUCAUUGGGAUGUUCUGUUUCGAGGCAGGGAUAAAGAUCAUCGCUCUGGGUUUCGUGUUUCAUAAAGGCUCCUACCUCAGAAACGGCUGGAACGUCAUGGACUUCAUUGUGGUCCUCAGUGGGAUCCUGGCUGCAGCAGGGGCUCAUAUGAACAUCUCAGUGGAUUUGAGGACUCUGAGGGCUGUGAGAGUACUACGACCCCUCAAACUGGUCUCAGGAAUUCCCAGUCUGCAGAUUGUCCUGAAGUCUAUAAUGAAGGCCAUGGUGCCUUUGCUGCAGAUUGGUCUGCUCCUGUUCUUUGCCAUCCUCAUGUUCGCCAUCAUCGGCCUGGAGUUUUACAGUGGAAAGCUGCACAAGACCUGCACACCGCAGCCCGGAAUCCUGGAAAACGAGACAGCGGACUCGAUUGAGUACGAGUUCCCGUGUGGCGUGCGUCAGUGUCCAGCAAAAUAUGACUGCAGCGAAAACUGGAUCGGACCAAAUGACGGCAUCACCCAGUUUGACAACAUCCUGUUUGCUGUGCUCACCGUGUUCCAGUGCAUCACCAUGGAGGGGUGGACCACUGUUCUCUACAAUACCAACGACGCUUUGGGCCCUACCUGGAACUGGCUCUACUUCAUUCCUCUGAUCAUCAUCGGCUCCUUCUUCGUCCUGAACCUGGUGCUGGGAGUCCUGUCUGGAGAGUUUGCCAAAGAAAGAGAGAGGGUUGAAAACCGCAGGGCCUUCAUGAAACUGAGACGCCAGCAGCAGAUUGAAAGAGAGCUCAACGGCUAUCGCGCCUGGAUCGACAGAGCAGAGGAAGUCAUGCUUGCAGAAGAGAAUAAGAAUCCGGGCCCUUCCGCCCUUGAUGUGUUGAAGAGAGCCACCACCAUCAAGAGGAGAGGCAUGGGUGUGCAUCAGGGGCAACCGGGGGAGGAACAAUAUGGUGACAUCUCCUCUCUGGGCAUGCCCAUGGCCAGAGGAAGCAUCAAGAGUGCAAAGCGGGGUCCGACAGCUUAUUUUCGCCGCAAGGAACGCCUCCUUCGCAUUUCCAUUCGCCGCGUGGUAAAGACGCACACCUUUUACUGGACAGUGCUUGGCCUGGUGGCUCUCAACACUCUGUGCGUUGCCAUUGUUCACCACAAUCAGCCUCUCUGGCUGUCCAACUUCCUCUAUUAUGCAGAGUUUCUGUUCCUGGCUCUGUUCCUGACUGAGAUGUUUCUGAAGAUGUACAGUCUGGGGCCACGUCUCUACUUUCAUUCCUCCUUUAACUGCUUUGACUGUAGUGUGAUCAUUGGCAGCAUCUUUGAAGUGCUUUGGGGCUGCUUCAGGCCUGGAACUUCUUUUGGAAUCAGUGUCCUGCGUGCUCUUCGUCUGCUGAGGAUCUUCAAAAUCACCAAGUACUGGGCAUCUCUGAGAAACCUGGUCGUUUCUCUGAUGAACUCCAUGAAGUCCAUCAUCUCCCUGAUCUUCCUUCUGUUUCUCUUCAUUGUCGUCUUCGCUCUCCUUGGCAUGCAGCUUUUUGGUGGAAGGUUCAUCUUUGAAGACUACACACCAACAAACUUUGAUACCUUUCCUGCUGCUAUCAUGACCGUUUUUCAGAUCCUGACCGGAGAGGACUGGAAUGAGGUCAUGUAUAACGGUAUUCGCUCGCAAGGAGGAGUGAGAUCUGGCAUGUGGUCCUCCAUCUACUUUAUAGUUCUCACUCUUUUUGGAAACUACACGCUGCUGAAUGUCUUCUUGGCCAUUGCUGUGGACAACCUGGCUAAUGCUCAAGAACUUACCAAGGAUGAAGAGGAAGCAGAGGCAGCGUUUAACCAGAAGCACGCCCUGCAGAAGGCACAUGAGGUCGGACCGUUGUCCUCCUUCAUGUCUUCAGAGGGAAGCCGGAGGAGGCGGCCCUACCUGUACAGGAAAAGAGCCAUCCACCGCAGCCGUCCGACUUACUCCUACUCCCUGGAGGAGGCCCAGGGCAGUAUGAGGGAAGGCCGCCCUCCCCCACCACUCAAACCCUCUAACUCUUUCAUGUCCAGGAGAGAGAGGAGGAAGAGGAUGACCAUGUCAGUGUGGGAACAGAGGACCAGCCAGCUGCGGCGACACCGGCAGAUGUCCAGCCGAGAGGUCCUAUACAACAGCCAGAAUGAGGAGAAGGAUGCCCAAGGUCGACCCCUGUCUCUGCACCGUAAGACCGUGCAACACACACUAUCAGGGAACAUGAAGCAACUGACUGACCCUCUGGCCCCCACAGGAAAGAACCAGUCCGCUGUGGACACUCCUCUAGAUGCAACGCUCCCUGAUGACAUACCUGAACGACCAAUGUCAGCGCUGGUACCAGAGCCCAAGGACCCUACAAACACAGCCCUCACUGAUCCUGUGUCUUUGACCAUACCAGAACCUCCUGAAUCAGAACACGUCACAGAGGGCAAAAAACUGGGCCUCAGUCACAAACCUGAACGUCGAAGCCCGAGACUCAACGGGGAACGUCAGCACCGGCAUGUGAAGAAGUUCAGGCCUCCGGACGCACAAACCUCUGAGAAAGGAGGUCCCACUGAGAUCAAAGCUCAGAGGGUGCUGCAUCAGUGUGACCAUCACAACAGGACUGGAAAUCAGGGAUCUUCUCCUAUGAGCGAGGAAAAAAUGGACGGUUGCUCCAUGGUGGGAGACGAGAGGAAAGGUCCUGGCAGGAAGGAAGAAAACAAAGAGGGAGAGUUGUCCAAUCAGGGGGAGGGCAGACAUGGGGAUCAAAAUGAGGGAAGGAACAGUAACUCAAAGGACAUCCCUCCCGGUGAUCCUCAGAACCGUGAAGAGUCUUCACAACAGACAGAAACUUCUGCACCUGCCAAUCCAGACAAUAACAAAGACACUGAGACAGAUGGCGAUCUGGACAAGUCCCAGCUCAGCUCUAGUGUGAUGAUUGAGGUCCCCAGUGUUCAGCCGUCCCUGGAGCUUUCUACAAUCACAGUCAAAAGCAAGGACCCUGAAAGCUGUAAGUCGGAGGAGGAAUUUGAAGAAACAAAGCCUGUUAACACUGUAACUCCAGACAGCAUGUUCGUCUUCAAACCUGACAACCCGGUGCGUCGAGCAUGUCAUUAUGUGGUGAACCUCAGGUACUUUGAAAUGUCCAUCCUGUUGGUCAUAGCUGCCAGCAGCAUCGCCCUGGCUGCAGAAGACCCCGUAGCCACAACGUCUGACUGGAAUAAGGUUCUACGAUAUUUUGAUUAUGUGUUCACUGGAGUCUUCACGUUUGAAAUGAUCAUCAAGAUGAUUGACCAGGGCCUGCUCCUUCACGAUGGCUCCUAUUUCAGAGAUCUGUGGAACAUUCUGGAUUUCAUCGUUGUGGUGGGAGCUCUGGUGGCCUUUGCCCUCACAAACGUGAUGGGAAACAACAAAGGACGAGACAUCAAGACCAUUAAAUCCCUUCGAGUCCUGCGUGUCCUCAGACCUCUGAAGACCAUCAAGAGACUUCCCAAACUCAAGGCCGUGUUUGACUGCGUUGUGACAUCCCUGAAGAAUGUCUUCAACAUUUUAAUUGUCUACAAGCUUUUCAUGUUCAUCUUUGCCGUCAUCGCUGUGCAGCUCUUUAAGGGGAAGUUCUUCUACUGCACCGACAGUUCAAAGGACACACAGAAAGACUGCCAAGGUUAUUACAUCGACUACGGGAAGGAUAAGAAGGAGGUGAAGAAAAGAGACUGGAGAAGACACGAGUUUCAUUACGACAACGUGAUCUGGGCUCUGCUCACGCUCUUUACGGUUUCCACUGGAGAGGGAUGGCCUCAGGUCCUGCAGCACUCUGUAGACGUGACAGAGGAGGAUAGAGGUCCAAGCCACGGGAACAGGAUGGAGAUGUCCAUCUUCUACGUCAUCUACUUUGUUGUGUUUCCUUUCUUCUUUGUCAACAUCUUUGUGGCUCUCAUCAUCAUCACGUUUCAGGAGCAGGGUGAUAAAAUGAUGGAGGAGUGCAGCUUGGAGAAGAACGAGAGAGCAUGCAUAGACUUUGCCAUCAGUGCGAAGCCCCUGACCCGAUACAUGCCGCAGAACCGACACACGUUCCAGUACCGCUUGUGGCAUUUUGUGGUGUCGCCCUCGUUUGAGUACACUGUCCUCACCAUGAUUGCUCUCAACACUAUUGUACUGAUGAUGAAGUACCAUUCUGCUCCUCCAGCAUACGACGCGGUUCUGAAACACCUGAACACAGCGUUCACUGUUCUCUUCUCUAUCGAGUGUGUCCUGAAGAUCAUGGCUUUUGGCUUUUUGAACUACUUUCGGGACACUUGGAACAUUUUUGACUUCAUCACCGUCUUGGGCAGCAUCACUGAGAUCGUGGUAGACUUACAGCGCAUUGACACGUUCAACAUGAGUUUCCUGAAGCUGUUUCGAGCGGCCCGCCUGAUCAAGCUGCUAAGGCAGGGUUACACCAUCCGGAUCCUCCUGUGGACCUUUGUCCAAUCCUUCAAGGCUUUGCCCUACGUCUGUCUGCUCAUUGCAAUGCUCUUCUUCAUCUACGCCAUCAUUGGCAUGCAGGUUUUUGGGAACAUUAAACUGAAUGAAGAGACUCACAUCAACCAGCACAACAACUUCAAAACCUUCUCAGGUGCUUUGAUGCUGCUGUUCAGGAGUGCUACUGGGGAAUCGUGGCAGGAGAUCAUGUUGUCGUGUUUGGGGGGACAGAGAUGUGAGACGGACCCCUCUCUUCCCCCAGCAGCGCUGACAAAAGACCAGAGGGAGGGCUGUGGCUCGGACUUUGCCUAUUUCUACUUCGUCUCCUUCAUCUUUUUCAGCUCUUUCCUUAUGCUGAAUCUGUUUGUGGCUGUGAUCAUGGAUAAUUUUGAGUAUCUUACGAGAGACUCAUCCAUCCUCGGCCCUCACCACUUGGACGAGUUUGUGAGAAUCUGGGGGGAGUAUGAUCGUGCUGCCAGUGGUCGUAUCCAUUACACUGACAUGUAUGAGAUGUUGACCAACAUGUCGCCACCUCUAGGCCUGGGCAAGAAAUGCCCCUCCAAGGUGGCAUAUAAGAGACUUGUCCUGAUGAACAUGCCUGUGGACGACCACAUGACCGUCCACUUCACGUCCACCCUUAUGGCCCUGAUCCGCACCGCCCUCGAGGUCAAGAUAGCGAGAGGAGGAGAAGAUCGAAAUCAAAUGGAUUUGGAUCUGCAGAAGGAGAUUGGUGUGAUCUGGCCUCACCUCUCACAGAAGAACCUGGACCUGCUGGUUCCAAUCCACAAAGCCAGUGACAUGACCAUUGGGAAGAUUUAUGCAGCCAUGAUGAUCAUGGAUUACUACAAGCAGAGCAAAGCCAAGAAGCUGCGCCAGCAACUAGAAGAACAGAAACAUGCUCCUAUGUUCCAGCGUAUGGAUGCUUCCUCCCUUCCUCAAGAAAUACUAUGCAAUGCCAAAUCCCUGUCGUUCUUCAGACACAGUGCAGGAUCUGCUCUCACCAGAGGAGGUUUUGUGGCACUUAGCCCCAUUUCUCCCCAGGAGAUGUUCCUGCAGCCACCGUCUCGCUCCAGAGAGGAGAGGGGGGAGGUAGAGGAGAAUUAUCACUCACCAUACCUCCCCUACCAUCACCACCACCACCAUCGUCAUUUACACACACUGGUGCCCGAGGUCAUCGAGUACAACCAGCUGAUGCAACAAGCCAGCCAGGACCCAACUAUCAAUAAGUCGCCUCAGCACACUUCAUCUAUCAGAGCAUCCUCCAUGCCCAGACUGGCUGUUGAUCCACAGCCUGGGGUGUCAGCAGACGAUAAGCUGAUGAAACGUUCCUUCUCCACCAUUGGGGAUCAGUGUGUGAACGACCUCUGGCAGGAGCAGCACUCUCUGGAGAGAAUCAGUCCUGACGGCACGUUCAGAACCAGGCAAAGGAGCUACAGAGGCCCUCGCAUCAGCCCCAGAGAAACAUGCAGCCAUGAAAGAGGGAGGUCAAAAGAGCGACGCCAUCUUCUGUCUCCUGAUGUGUCACGCUGUAACUCUGAGGAGCGAAGCCGGGAGCCUUCAUAUGAGAGAGGACGAUCCCACUCACCGGGUGAAGGACGUGCCCAUGGCUUACACAAACAGGUGAACGCGUCGAGCAGCCCGGCCAACUCCGCCUCUGAAUCUGGUACACCUCGUAAUCGGCGCCAGCUACCCCAGACCCCAUCACGCCCGCGGCCUUACAUCUCCUACUCUCCUCUUGUCUGCCAAGCCCCCACUUCUCCCACGGCUGCCCCUUCCAAUGAGGAACAGUCUCAUCCCCAGGAUGUCUCGACAGGUGUUCCCACAGAGACCACACGGAGACCUGACAAGGUGAGCAGGCCCCUGUCUGCAGGCCAGUUCUCACCUGGAGAUCAGAUUUCAGGUCCGAGCCAUCAAUCUCCUCACCGCUACAUAUCGGAGCCCUAUCUCCCAUUUCAUGAAGAUUUCUGUGGGGACAAUACAGGAGAGAGGCAGGAGACACUUACGUUUGAGACUGCCGUGGCCACCAGUCUGGGACGUGCCAACGCCAUAAGCUCCGCCCCUCAGCUCAGACACUCCUGGCAGGUUCCUAAUGGGCAUUUUCGGAAGCACUUGGUCCAGGCGAGCCCGACUGAUGCCAGUGAGCUGCUUAGUGACACAGAUGAGGAUGACCGCUGCUAAAACCCAGAGACGUAGAUAAGAGGGAUGCACUGAGCUUUCAGGGCCUGAGAUCCGCUUUCAUGAAACCAAGAGGAAACGCUGUAGCUCCUCCAGGGCUCAGAGAGCCUCAUGUUCUCAGCACCAGUAGCAUUACAGCCAGGACCGCUGUUCACACCUGUUUCUGUCUACAUAUGCGUGUUUGUAGUAGCCGAAAGGAGACUAAAAUUCAGACAUGAAUGUGUUUUUACGCGUGUCUGGUCCCAAUGAAGAAUUUGCCAAAUAAAAGGAAAAACUGAGGAUAAAAGCAGGCAAGCCCAUCUGUCGCAACGCCUUCCCGCAUAAGUUAAGUGUUUUGAUUGUUAUUAAACAAAAAUAGUAAGACAUGAAUCCAAGGAGUCAAAAUCUCCUGCAGUAAAUCCAGAAGUCAGUUUAGGUGUGAUCUGUGUAUGUGAAUCUAAAGGUAGCUUGUACAGAUGAAUGUAUUUGAGUUUCACCUUCUGGUUUUGGGAGGAAGUUGAUGUCGUGCCAAGUUGUGAGAGUAGAGGUGACUGAGUCAGCCAUCCCAAACACUUCCUGUUUACAGCAAGGGUUUAAACGAUAUUCACGGGCAUUGAACAGUCAAGGAGAGGUUUUGUGAAACCGUCACCUGGGGCAGUGAGAUCUGGGACCAUUUUUAUUAUUAUAGUUUUUUGAAUCUUUUAAUCUGGGAAACGUAUCCUAAUCCUGCUGGUCAGAGUGUACAAAAAUAUGACCUUCUUGAGGACUUGUGGUCUUCUCACCUUCUACUAUCUGUAGAAACAACAACCCUGAUGACGUUGAAGCCAAACAGAUGUCAUCUCUCUGCUUUACAAGCACCCUCGGUGUUUGUUUGAGAAGCAGACUGAAGCCAUGUUUUGUCUGAAAUACUUUUCUCUUCUGGACGUGUUGCUGUUUUUUGUAUGUUGAUGAAAGUAAUGUCCUUUAUACAACAAGGAUGCUUUAAUUAAAUCAGCCAUGCUCUUUUUAUUUGUUGCAUCUGAACACACAUUAGGAACACUUAUUGCUGUUUUCUGUGUUUGAAGGUUAUAGUAAUUUUCCACGUGCAUGACUACGUCUCAAUGCUGCCUGGUUACUUUGAUUGUUUAACUACAGGUGGUUUUGAUUUUUUUCCCAUCUCCAGAAUUCACUCCCCUCAUUUUUAAACAUUCCAAAACUUUAGACGAUUUUCCUCCGAGUGAGACGUGUAUUUAUAUCAUGUGCUGUUGUGCUGUUAUAAGAUGUUUGAAAUGUGAACACGGGACAUUUUUGGAUGGACGGAAAAGUGAAGAAGAGUAGGGCUUCAUCCUCUUGUUUAUCUACAUGAUAAAAAAGCGUCCUUUACAUGUGAAGUGCAGCCUAAGGCUUAAGGCUGAUGUCCGUCAGUACAGAGCAGCCUAAUCUGUGCCUGGGGAGAGUUCCCUUACCAAACCUGGAUUUAUUAGAUAAAGAAGCUUUCUGGUAAAUAUGUAAAAA